AUGACACACCUGGAUGGGAAGACGGUGCUCAUCACUGGAGCCAACACGGGGAUUGGGAAGGAGACGGCCCUGGACCUGGCCCUGCGAGGAGCUCGGGUGAUCAUGGCCUGCAGAGACGUGGACAAGGGCGAGGAGGCCGCGGCCAGUAUAAGAGCCGCCCACCCGGGAGCCCGAGUGGAGGUCCGAGAGCUGGACCUGGCCGACACCUGCUCCAUACGGGCCUUCGCGCAGAGAUUCCUCAGAGAGGUAAACCAGCUUCACAUUCUUAUAAACAAUGCCGGAGUCAUGAUGUGCCCCUACAUGAAGACAAUCGACGGCUUCGAGAUGCAUAUUGGAGUCAAUCAUCUGGGUCACUUCCUGCUGACGUACCUCCUGAUCGGGCUGCUGAGGCGGAGCGCGCCGGCCCGCGUGGUGGUGGUCUCCUCCCUGGCGCACAACUUCGGCUGGAUCCGUUUCCACGACCUCCACAGCCAGGGCAGCUACAACAGCGGGCUGGCCUACUGCCAGAGCAAGCUGGCCAACGUGCUUUUCGCCAGAGAGCUCUCCCGCAGGCUUAGAGGCACGAACGUGACGGUGAACUCGGUCCACCCGGGAACGGUGAACUCGGACCUGACCAGGCACUCCACCCUCAUGACCAUACUGUUCACCGUCUUCUCCAUGUUCCUGAAAACGCCACGGGAGGGAGCGCAAACCAGCAUUUACUGCGCUGUGGCCGAGGAGCUGCAUUCCAUCUCGGGGAAGCACUUCAGCGACUGCACCCCUGCCUUCGUGGCCCCUCAGGGAAGGAGCGAGGAGACUGCAAAGAGGCUGUGGGACGCCAGCUGCGAGCAGCUCGGCAUCGAGUGGGACUGA